GGAAAGUAUCACCACCCUAUCGACGGCACAAGAUACCUCCAAUCUCUUGUUUACACGCCACCAAUCCUCGUUCAACCUGUUUGCAACUCCUCAUCACGGACCUCCGGACCUCGAUUGUUCUCAAUGGCCAGCAUCGACGAGCCCCAGUUCGAGGACGAGGUAUAUGUUCAGGAAGCCGACUUGGAGGAUUUCGAGGGAUACUCUGCCGGCGGGUAUCAUCCCGUUGUGAUCGGUGACGCCUUUUGCGAUGGCCGCUACGAAGUCGUCCAUAAACUCGGUUUUGGCGGUUACUCGACAAUCUGGCUCGCCAAAGACAAACAGGCGCAGCGGUAUGUCUCACUGAAAUUCCUCGUCGCAGAGGAAUUUACCAAGAGUACCGAGGCGAAGAUCCUUCGCCAGCUCUGCACACCCGAGUCAAGUCAUCUGGGACGCAGAUUCAUCACCCGCUUGCUCGACGAUUUUUCCUUCGAGGGGCCUAAUGGCCAUCACGUCUGCCUGGUGCAGGAACCGGCAGUGUGUAGCAUCGCUACAUCGAAAGAGUCUGCGGCGGACUUUAUGUUCCCGGUUGAAACAGCACGGUCCAUUGCUGCUCAACUAAUCAUGGGCCUCUCAUACUUGCACUCUCAAGGCGUGUGCCAUGGUGAUUUACACAUUCGAAAUUUCCUUAUCUGUGGCCCCAACAUCGACUACCUCGACCCACCCGAACUUUACAAGCGAUACCGUCUGGACAAGGUCCCUAUCCGGCGAGUUAAUGGUACAGUCGUGGGACCUCACGCGCCACCCUAUGCGGUGUAUCCAUUACAUAUCCCAACGCCCGCAAACAAGCUGACAGAUCCUCUCGUACGCAUCUCGGACUUUGGAACAUCCUUCAUAGUUGCCGAAGAGUCAAACCCGAAAUUACACACCCCCGACCCCUAUCUGCCCCCAGAAGCCUUCUUCAACGAGCCGGUCACAUUAGCAGCAGACAUCUGGACACUCGGCGUCAACCUCUACGAAGUUCUCGGCGAGCGUAUCCUGUUUGAAACUUUUGCCGGGGACCGGGAUGACAUCAUCGGCGAAGUGGUUAACACACUUGGUAUGCUACCAAAACGAUGGUGGGACAAGUGGGAAGCGCGAAGCGACUUCUUCGAGGAGGACGGCGCUUGGAGGAAGGAUGGCGUCAAACGUAUCUGUACGCCCAAGUUCCGGCGGUUGCAUCAAAGGAUGUGGGAUAUGGGCCGCGGUGAAACGCCAGAGACGUGUCAGUGGGACGUGGAAGGUGGUGAGAUGCGGGCUUUGGAGGAGUUGCUGAGGGGGAUGAUGGUAUUUGAGCCCAGCGAGAGACUAACGGCCGAGCAGGUGUUGAAGUCUGAGUACAUGGUGAAAUGGGCAAUGCCAGCCUGGGAGAGGCAGUGCGCGCGGCAGAGGGACAAAGUGGCAGUGUGCUCCUAGAGGGAGUAGUACUCUUUGUAUUUCCUUGCCACUUUAUCUCAUUCUGUCACCCUACCAAGCUGGUUUGCGCAAAGUCUUACUGCCUCUAUAGCACUAUAUCUACUUUUGGGGAUAACGAUAAUCGAUUCCCGGCCACGUCCGCAUGCAGUGAGCUAUUAGAAGGAGGGGUUCAGUUUACUCGGCGGCCUCUCAGCUUCCUGCUCAGGCUUUCCUCG